CGCAGGUCGCAGGGUUCGUGCGAUCGAGGCUGGGUCGUUUGCUGCGUGGUGUUGCUGCGCGCGCGCGCGCGUGUGUGUGUGUGUGUGUGUGGUGCGUGUGUGCCUGAGGGAAGAUAAGAAUAAACGAGAUACUACAGAAGUAAAACAAAAAAAAAAGGGCGAGUCACAUUGGUGCCCCCGUCCUGUGUGUGAUCUGUAAAAGUGACAAGAAACUUGUGGCAGCGGCGGAUACGGAACGUACGAGAGAACAAAGAAACACCCAGCAGCCUGGAUAUAUCUCUCGUGGAAUCGAUCCCCAUAAAGAAAGUGAUUCACAUACGUGUGGUAGACACUGGGGAAAAUCUUGUAGAAACGUAGAAGAAAAAAAAAGGAAUCGCAUGAUACGCUGUUGUCUCCCUGCGAGAGACUGAAUAAUAAUUCACAAUCUAUCUCUGUCUCUCUUUUUUCCUCCCUCCUUCCUUUCUUUUCACCGUGGCCGUUUCUCUUCCCCGCCUCUCUCUCACUCUCCUGCCGUUAUAAGUAUCUUUCGUGUCGCGUCGUCGUUCCCUCGUGGCGUGCGCGUUCCCGAAGGCACCGUGGUUGGACCUUCCUCCCCUCCCCUGCCGCCGUCCCUCCGACACUGUGCUCGUGCACCGCGGAACGAGCGUGUCUCGCUCGUCUCGUCGGGACAGGCUAGGACGCCGGGAAGAGCACAGGUGCAGCAGGAGGUGUGGGUGCGUGUGUGGUAUAUAGCCUACGACGCGCGGUCGGAGACGACGUGAGCCUGGAACAAAGUACAUAAUAUAUAUAUAUAUACAUAUACACGGUGCGCGCGUACGAAGUCGGGGCGGCGAGGUGUCGGUAACAGUUGUGUCGUGGCAGAAUGGACGGUAGCACGGGUCCGCCGUCGGACGUGACGACGGCGAUGGGAAGUGAAAAUGACGAGGGUUCGAAGGUGCGACGGGACAGCAGCAGCAACGAUUCGUCGACCGUUGUCUCGACCACGACGGCGUCGAGCACGGCCACAUCAACAUAUUCGACGACAAGUCAACCGGAAUAUUGCGGCCAAGGCUUGAUAAGGGCCGGUUCCGCUUCUCCGCUCCCUACGACCGCCGCCGCCUCUUCGUCUUCGUUGUUCUCCUCCUCCUCCACCUCGACCACCUCCUCCUCCUCCUCCUCUUCUUCGUCAAAGCCGCAGUCGGGGUGUGGCUGCGUCGCUGCCGCCGUCCUCGAACCCGACGAAAUCACCAUCAACAUCACGCCGACCACCGGUGGCCAGUUCGAUCUCACUGUGGAUCGUACUGAAACCGUGGAGAAUCUUAAGAAAAUCAUCUCGAAGAGACUGAAAGUCACUAAAGAACGCAUUUGUUUGUUGCAUCGUGAAAGGUUAUUGUGCGUAGGAACUCUAGAGGAAAAUCGUUUGCAAGAUGGUAGUCGACUCACGUUGCUACCAAAUGUGGAAACCGGCCUGUUGGUACAACGGCCGGAGCAGAGCGUCAUGCAAGCGCUGGAGAGCCUCAACGAUUUCCAGGUGAACGACUUCUUGUCCGGGAAAGCUCCCCUUAAUCUCACCAUGCGAUUGGGCGAUCACAUGAUGCUGAUACAGCUGCAACUGUCCACGGUAACGCCGGCCUCGCCGACUGCUAAUCAGACCAGCAGCAAUACCACCGGGUUGACCAUAGGCGGAAACAGUUCGACCGAAUCGAAUCUACCCCCCAGCCUCAUCUCGACCGCCUUGAAGACCAGACAAUCCACGUUUCUGGCUGCUCGCCCGUCGGCCACCAGCGCUGCAAGGAGACUACUAAAUGGCAUUGCGGCCAAGCGACGGACCUCGUCCGGGAUAAGCAAAAUAGUAUCAGCGUUGCACGCAGCUGCUAUGCGCACCCCCGACUUAUCGCCGGUCACCACGACAACCAACCCAGUUUGUUCCUGUCGCGCAACAACUGUAUCAACAGUUUCGUCCACCUCCUCCUCUUCAUCCUCCUCCUCCUCAUCAUCAUCCUCUUCUUCCUCCUCCUCCUCAUCCGCCUCUUGCUCACCUAUUAGUCCCACUCAUUCGUCUUUCUGCACUAACCAGUCGCAAACCGUGCGCACUGGUGCAAAUCACAGCCCGGGAUCAUCGCCUAACAGCAAUUCAAACGCGUGUCAGUCCUGCCUUCCCUAUCAUCACCAUCACCACCACAAUCACCAUCAUCACCACCACCACCACCACCAUCAUCAUCAUCACUCCGGAAACAAACCCACCCCUACAACCACCACGACCACCACCGCUGCUGCCGCCCCCGCCGUGGCAUCGCCGAACGCCUCUCCCCUUUUCAAACACUCACUAUCCUCUGUGGACCACUCGCAACGCCCAAUUAUCUCCCUGUUCCAACACUCACGAUCAUCCGUGGACCACUCGCAACGCUCCCCUAUCUCUCUGUUCAAACACUCGCGAUCAUCCACCACCUCUCUUUUCAAACACUCCCGAUCAUCCACCACUUCUCUUGUGAAACGCUUGCGAUCAUCCGUGGACCACUCGCAGGACUCCACCACCUCUCUUUUCAAACACUCGCUCUCCUCCGUGGACCACUCGCAACACUCUACUACCUCUAUUUUCAAACACUCGCUCUCGUCCGUGGAUCACACGCAACACUCUACCUCCUCGGUCGGUCACGGAUGCACGGACAGCACGAUACCACCGAACGACAUCGUCACACCGCCAACGAAAAAGCUCUGCGCCGGUCAUCACCAUAGCCAACAGUCGACGGAAUCAUCCAGGAGCGCCAACGUGGCGGACGGCGGUGAUUCGAGCCCACAGAGUCCCGGCUCGUCCUCCUCCACGGUGAAGCAGGACACCAAAGCCGCGACCCUCGACACCAGAGCACUCGUAGAAGCCUCCCGUAAUUUAACGCAGAAACUGAAGCAGCUCUCCUCUGAGGAGAACACAAGACGUCGGCAGGGUGCAAUAAUCCAGAGUAUGCAUCACCAUGGAAAGGGUGUUUACUCUGGUACCUUCAGCGGGACACUGAAUCCAGCUCUCCAAGAUGGUCAUGGACGUCCGAAACGCGACAUAAGCACUAUAAUUCACAUUUUGAAUGAUUUGCUGUGCGCUACACCAGCCGCCACUGCUGGCCACUCCAGUCAUCAUCACAGGCAUUCCAGUGAUCGUCAGCAAUCGUCGACAUCUCCGUCCUCAACUGAAACGACAGCGACUGUGAACGAUGCAUCAACACCGAUCGGUAGUUGCCACAACUCUUCUACAUCUGGAUACUCUACUGAGGAACUGUCGACAGAGAACGAGGCGACGAAAGAGAAAAUGAAACGUCUGCGUCUAUUGAUGGGACAACGACGCGCUAAAAUCACAGCCAGACGACAGGCAAGAGCAGCGCCGUAUACUACCCAAUGGGCAGCAGUGACGCCCGAUCCGGAUCCAAAUCACGAUCCAAAUACGUCGGGUACCACGGCCGCGAACGCGACGGAACCGCAAAAUGAGCCGGAACUGCAACUCGCCAGAAUGCUGUCGUACAUGCAAUGAGUUUCUCGCUAUCGCACUGAUUUAUUCAACCAACGGACAGACUCGAUCGCUUUCGCGCCUGUUCACCACGAACACUGUUUUAUGUAACAUCGAGCAUCAAGUAUAGAGAGAAAGAGAGAGAGAGAGAGAACUUCGGUAUCUUGUUUAUACACUUUGUUAUAGUCGACUCGUCGUUUUAUAUAUUUGGAGUAUACACGACUGGAAGUGCAAGGUGUGUCGCAGCUGAAUUUAUCCGGUGAUAUAUUGUACCCAUAGAAACGCUGAAUCUGAAGGAAAUAUAUCCUGCGAUAAAGUUAGAUGAGAUCCUGCACGCUGCGCGAUACCGUGUCGCCGUUCACCUGAGACUGUUAAGACGGUGAAGUUCUAGCAAUGCACGUAACAUUUGACACGCAUAAUUUCUUGCAGUAUUGCCUGAUAACGAUGGGCACGUACCUUCAGGCGUUCAAACGAUGCGUUCGAACGUGUUUGGAUACGUAGUUGUAUAGUCCCCUCGGUAACGACACGUCGAAAAUUAAGAAACUGAUGGAAUCUAGGAAUAUUAACGAUGAAAAUGUGCACGUCUAGGCACGAUAAUAGGAAUUAUUAUAAUAUUAGAAUGGCGGGGGAGGUGUCGCUCGAACAAUUCGAAAUACUAUUUAGUGGAUGCGAGGUUGUACAAGUUAUCGACGAACUCCCCAUUGAAGAGAACAGUGUUUGGCCAUACUCAGGACUCGAUCGUAGCUGACAAUAAUUGCACUCGAUGAAUGAAUCAGUGUGGUGACUACAGCACGUACGUUUAUUGUAUACGUUCGUGAAGAAACGGCGUAACAGUGAACGAAGACAGAGAAAUCCUGAUGAGAGCAAAAGUUCUAGGUUAGAAGAAUUAUCUCUCGAUAGAUGUCUCAAUGGUAGAGGAAGAUUAAAAUAAAAAAAAAAAGAAUAAUCAGAUUUAGUGACACACGUGUAGGAUUUUUGAAAUUACAAACCACAUUACGAACCGCGCAGGAAAGACUAUUAAGAGAAAA